AUGCCACAAGACGCGCACGAGCCUCUCUCAAGCAAAUUCAAUCCCAACGCUUCGCGCAAGGCUCACAUAAUGUCUUCCAAUAAGUCCGUGAUGUCGCAUGGCCAACAUCCCCCGCGUACAUCCGCCACCCCAACUGUGCCGCCUCAAUCGCAGUCUAGUUCUCCUAGCGUCCCUCACCAGCCUCCGCGGCCUCUGCAAGAGCCUGGAUUGCAAACCUUCAUGUUGGGAUACCUGUUACCCAGUGAUAUCGUCAACACCCUCGGCAAACCCCAGAAGUAUACGGGUACGACCGAGGAGCAGGGACACCAUGCCACUCACGUUGAGGAGGGCGAACAAGCUUCGGAGUCGGACAUAGCUACUCAUCAAACCCCGCUUGUCAACACUCCCGUCCAGGACGCCUCGUCUCCGUCGGUAGUUUCGGAUGGAGCUGUUAUCCAUGGUCAGACUCCUUCUGCUAUCGAUGAAAACUCCGAAGUAUCCUGCAACCCAAUUGUCUGGAAGGAUCCCCUCGAACCUGGCCACUUUGUAGCGCAAGAAAACCAUGCAGCUCCGGAACAGACGCAGCAGAACAAGCAUACACCUGGUUCGAAGCUGUCUGACAACGAGCAGCGGAACAUUCUCUCUGAGGGCACGCCCGUCGACCGCUUCAAGGACUUUCCUGGACCCGGGGAGUAUGGGCGUCCUGUCAUGUUGCAUCACCCAUACCCUAUCGGUGCUUUACCCCUGGCUUCAACCAAGCCGCAGCCUCUCACCGCCCAGCAUGUACCACAGAACGUUCAUUCAACGGUCAUUACGGGUUAUACCGCCCGCACUGCACAGGUACCGCCUCCCUCUAGUCUGUGUCCUGCUAUAUCACGAGACCCUCCUCCCGACGGAGAUGAGGACGUCUUCCUCAAGUUGCUCGGCCCACCUUCUCAUCCCGGAGCCCAUUACGUAAACAAUCAGAACAUAUUUGUACUGAUUAACUGCCUUCCGAAGGAAAGACGACCACCACUGUACUCCUUGGUCGACUUUUGCACGCGUGUUAGAGCCAUUAGGGGACUCAUCGAUGGGAUUAUCAUUGACUAUUCAGCAAUCCCGAGGGAAGUAAUGGGGAAAUUUGCGGACGACCGGUUGUUGCUGAUGGACCAGACGCGGCUCUUCAAGCAGGCCCUCGACUCGUUCGCGAAGAGCAUUCCUGCCCGGGCGCUGACGGACCCGUACCUUCGCCAGGGUGAAACUUCGGGCAAUGUAAAUAACGGAAGUUUACCUGCGCCGAAUGGGACAUCAAUCCACGUGGGCGACACUGCGACAACGGGACAUACCAGCCAAACACCCGCGAGGGUACCUCCUCCCAAUCUACCAUGUUCUCUGCCUAUUUCGGGUUUACCGCCUCCCGUCCUAUCUCUGCAAGGUGUCUCCCGCAAGCCAAACGCUUCCGCCCUCGCGGGAUCCGCGGCUGUCGAUGGUCAAACCAGCGCUCCCCGAGUCGACACCAAGGGGAAGCGGAAGGUGGUCGACGAUGACGUUACCACAGAAGAUGUACCUGCUGGCCCCUCCAAUGAAUCCCCGAGAAAGAGGACAAAGACGAACCUGUCGUCUUCCAUCUAUUCGGUCUCAGACCCCGAGCAUCUCUUCGCUUCGAUAGGCGAAGAGAAUAACCAGAGAUUAACACACAACUACGCGUCGUCGGCGUCGUCAGCCUUCGACAUAACGCCAGAAUUAUCAAACUCUGGCUAUCCCCCUUCAGCAACGGAGUCGACGCCUAUGCUCUUGUAUCCUUGCGAGGACGGUGAAGGAGAGUAUGGGCAGAUGGAUAUGGAUGCCCUAACCCUACUUCCCAAACGGGAAGCGACGGACCGGGUUUUGGAGGAUCUAUCCACAGAUCCAUCUCAUCUGAUUCGCUGCCCGUAAACGCUUAUUCGGAGCUGGCACACGCUCUCGAGCCGGUUUACAGACCUAGCACUACACACGUUUCUGGCCCGUCGACAUCGUCCGAUUGAUAAUCGAACUUGCCUUGUGCCAUGUAAACGUCAAAUGUACGCGCCCUGACGUGCGUGGUAGUGAAA